GUCAAUCUCUGCCCGUGUAGUGAGGCAAUGAAUCCCAUCUUGGAAAUUCUUCUGGUUGCUUUGAGCCUUGGAGUGGGUACUGCAAGUUCUGUGUCGUGCUUACGGGAUGCAAUACCUGCCGCUGAGCGAAUCAAUAUCACCAUGGAUGGGGUUAGCAUGCCACUAGGAAUUUGGCAAAAUGCUUGGGAUUCCUCGGUGAUCAUAUCACAGAUGUAUGGAAUCAUUGCUUCGGAAGUGCUUGGACUCCACGUGGAAUUUGCUACAGGCCCUGCCAGCGAAUUGAUUCUUGGCAAGCUUGCAGGCUGUGCCCACCAAGGCUUUGAGAUUGUCGGAGAUUGUGGUCCUCCUCGCCGAUUCCACGUGUCGUUCGAGAACUGGCUUACUGACUCUCCAUGGACUCAGCAAUGGCUCACAGAGUUGGAACCAUACGGAGCUCCUAUCAACCUGGGAUCCAUUGGAUAUGAAGGGAAGAGCGGAAUGUUUGUUCUCAAUGGAUCCUUGCACGCGGGUCUACAAGACAGUGGUUUGUCUCUGGACUUCUAUCGCUCUUACAAUCUUGCUUUCUUUGAUCCAUCGCAGUACACAGCCAAGGUAUCAGAAGUGGACCUGGCUCUAUUGAAGGGCUGCGACAGCAUCGAACUGGGCUAUCCCGGGAUCGCAGACUUGUACUUGAAAAUUACUGGAGAUGAUGAAGGUGUUCUGGAAGCUCCAAGCGGCAAGACCUUGAGCUGCUGGCAGAAUAAAUGGUGGCUUGCGCCAGCAUGCCGCAGUGACAUGUCAAAGUGCGUGCCAGUCAUUAUGCCCUUUACGGGUUGGGGCAUGCCAGAGAUGAUGCAACAAGCAUUUUGGCACGGCAUGCCUUUGGCGUUUGCCAGUGCCAUUGACGUUGAGUUUGCGAGUUUGAACCGCGAAUUGCAGAGCUUGUUGUACACAUGGGUGCCAGACACCGCCUUCAUACUUGACAGCCCUUCACCAGUCAUUUUUCCAGACCAUAGCCGCGAACAGUAUGCAGAGAAAGUCUACAAGACAAUGAACAGCAAAGUGGUAUUGUCCAAAUGGGCAUCUCGUGGAUUGCAAACCGCAGCCAGGUAUGCCUUUCUGGUGGCGGAGAGGUUAGAGUUCUCCAUUGAGGGGAUAAAUGGUUUGCUGCGGUCACAUGUGUUAUCAGGUGAGGACGCUUGGACUACAGCAUGUACCUGGCUCCAGCAGAAUCCAGCUGCAUGGAGGGAUUGGAUUGCUUCAAAAACUUCGUGCGCCGUGGGCUUCGGUUUGGUUGAUGGUUCUGGACUGCUGGUUCAAAACAUCAGCCAAGCAGUUGGCUGCACUCAUUGUCCUGCUGGCAGCAAAUCCACACCAAUGUCGGAUGCUGACGGAGAGACAUUUGUCUGCACUCCAUGCCCACCAGGGUUUUCUCAAGAAAACCCGUUCUCCACUACAUGCGAACCAUGCCGGAAGGGAACUGUGACCAACAGCUACGGAAGUGAAGCGUGUUUGCCCUGUAGUGUAGGGUCUUAUCAAAACAGUACCGGUCAGACUCUAUGCAUCUCGUGUGGUCUCCGGACUACCCAGUUGCUCGGUGGGGUUUCUUACAUGGAUUGUGUUUGCAACGAAGGACAGAUUGAGGAAGAUGGAGCGUGCCUGGAAUGCCCGCUGGGCGUGAAUUGCCCAGUUGGUAGUACUGUCGCUCUCUUGUCAAAGGCCCACGAAACCAAUGCUUUGAGGAUCAUAGAGGGAUUCCACAGUGAUCCUGCAACUCCACUGCAAGUCCACAAGUGUGUCUCUGAGAAAUUCUGCCCCGGUGGUCCCCCUGGCAGUUGCGCUGGAGGUCGGGUUGGUAUUACCUGUGGUGCCUGCCCAAAUGGGGAGUACUGGGCUUCGAAGUGCGAGGCCUGUACCUCAGCAACGGUGGUAUCAUGGGCUCUUGGAGCUGCAGCCCUUGCUAUUGGAGUUGUCCUUUCCUACUAUGCGAUCACAUCUAGCCUCAGUGCCAAAGCAAGUGUGCUCAUGUGUACUGGUGCCAGCAUUGCCAUAAUGGUGUCCUUUUUCCAGAACUUGGGCGUCGUGAACAGCAUUAGAAUGGACUGGCCUCCAUUUCUCAGCAAGUUGUUCGAAGUCGCAAGUGUAUUCUUGAACCUGGAGGCCCCUGCCACCGCCUGUCUAGUAGGUACUGACGUAUGGCAGUAUGGAUUGCAGAUCUCGUUCGUUUACGUUGUGGCCUUGAUGCUACCAGCCGCGUGGGUUUUGUCCAAUAUCUUCCUUAAGCGCUGUGGUCUGGCUUGGGAUCCGUUGAAGACAAUUUCAGUCAUGGGAACAAUCUUCCAACUUGGGUUCACGACCUUGGCCGCUCUUAGCAGGGUGCCUUUCGUGUGCUACAGGCAUCCCACAGGGCAGUACAGCGUGGCACAGCAUUCAAACGUCCUUUGUGGUGAGAGUCCACACAUGGAAGCUUUUGGAAUUUCUUUGAUGGUCGUGCUGAUGAUUUUCCUCAGUGCCUGCUUCUAUGCUGCAGCAAGGGCACCAACUUGGUCCAAGAAACUACCGGCGAUUCGCUUCUUGAUCUUCCGCUUCAGACCGCAGGUUUGGUGGUUUGGCUUGGUCUUGCUCGUUCGAGGCGGCGUCCUGCCCCUAUGUGGUGUUGUCGUCCCAGACAUGCCCCGCUUUAGCUUGACAAUGAUGGGGAGCAUACUCCUGACCUAUCUUGGCGUCCAAAUGUGGCUUCAGCCGUGGAAAGCUCCGAUACUAAAUCUCGUGGACUCUCUCUCGACUGGGAUUUUUGUGCUCUUGUUGUUCGUGUGUUUGGGACUCCAAAAUGACGACGGGGGUGUGGAAAUGGAAGCCUUCGAGAUUUUAGCUACACUUCUUUCGUCAAGCAUCGCCGGCAUUCUUUUGCUCAUGCUUUGCACUUGCGUCUGGAGUCUUUUCCAGCGGCAAGUCAUAGGAAGCCACAGUGACCUGAUCUUGAACCUGGGAAGAUGUGCUACGAAUGAGAAGGUAUUGGACAAACUCAUUGAGAUCUCCCACUGUAUCAGCGCAGCGGCAGAGGAUCAACAGCAUGAAUGGGUUCGUAGCCUGGACAACCUCACUGUCUACGACCUUCAUGCUGUCGACGUUGUGACUGAAGUCCUAGCAGAUGCUAUGUUACUGCAAGUCUCCCGCAGGAACUUUGGAUCAUCUUCGCAACAGAGAGUUGGGACAAGCCGCCGUCGCAUUUCUGAAGAGCGUGAAGAGGCUGAGGUUUCUGAAGAAGCUGAAGAUGCUCCAGAGCUUGGCCCAUCCUGUGCUCGUGCUUCCUGCUGGGUCUGAGGCGCUGCUUCGCCGCAUUCAAAUUUUCCAUAUCUCUAACGGCAGAGUAGUUGGAGUUGGAGAUUUGGCGCUUCCUCUGUGAAGCCUUUGUGGCCUUUGUGUUUAAAACACAAUCAAUUAAAUAGCACAGCCAACCUGUGCUCAUGCUUCCUGCUGGGUCUGAGGCGCUGCUUCGCCGCAUUCAAAUUUUCC